CGUUACUGAAGUGCUUUGUUCGGCAAGAGAAGGAAAGGGACUCGAUACUAAAGGAGCAAACAUGGUGCUGGAACUUUAUUUGGACCUUCUUUCUCAGCCUUGCCGCUCGGUGUACAUCUUCGCCAAGAAGAACAACAUCCAGUUUGAGUACAAGGAGCUGUCUUUAAUGGCAGGUGCGCACUAUACAGAAGAGUUUGGCAAGGUCAACCCAAUAAGAAAAGUACCUGCCAUCCGAGAUGGAAAUUUUUGCCUGGGUGAAAGUAUUGCCAUUUUGCAGUACCUGGUGGAGAAAUAUGGCACUCCGGAUCACUGGUACCCAGCUGAUGUGCAGAAGAGAGCACAGGUGAAUGAAUAUCUGUCCUGGCAGCAUACAGCCAUGAGAUUCCAUGGGUCUAGGAUGUUCUGGCUAAAGCUCAUGAUUCCAAAGGUUCUGGGUGUGGAGGUUCCCAAAGAGAAAAUGGAUGAUGCUACAGAGGAUCUCAACAAUUCACUGAAGCUCCUUGAGGAAAAGUUUCUUCAAGACAGAGCUUUCAUUGCAGGAGAGAAGAUAUCACUGGCUGAUCUGGUUGCUAUUGUGGAAAUCAUGCAGCCUGUAGGUGUUGGUUUCAGUGUCUUUGAUGAACGGCCCAAACUGAGAGCAUGGAGGGAUCGAGUUCAGGCUGCGAUCGGUGCUGAACUGUUUGACGAAACCCAUCAGAAAAUCCUCUCUGUCCAGGAAAUGGCACAAAACCUAGAUGGCAGCAAACUGCAACACUUAAAAUCCAAGAUCCUCAAACUGUUCUUAUGAGAAGAUGCAAGAUUACUUAAGCUUGAUUGUGUAACCUUAACUUUUCAUGGAAAACAUGAUUAAUAAAAAGCAACCAAGCUCCUUUCAAA